AUGACUACUGUUCCUCGUGGAGGAAUCAAGUUACUGAGUAGAACCAAACAGAGCAUUCUCUACCUCUUCGCAGUUAUCAUCUAUAACGUCUACUUCCAUCCUUUAGCAAAGUUCCCCGGCCCAAAAUCAUACGCAGCUACACGAAUCCCAUAUUUCCAAGCUUUACUCGGAGGCCAAAUCGGCCAAGCUAUCAAGGACCUCCACCAAAAAUACGGAGAAGUAGUCCGCAUCGCCCCCAACGAACUAUCCUUCAUCGACGGCGAAGCCUGGAAAGCAAUCUACGGCACUCGACCCGGCCAUAAACAAAAGCCCAAAGAUGUCCGCUACUACCCACCCACCGCAGGCGGAGUCCCCAGUAUCGUCAUUUCCAACGAUGAAGACCACUCUCGCUUCCGACGAACACUAUCUCACGCAUUCUCCGAGACUUCAUUGCGUGUCCAGGAGCCGCUGGUCAAUAGCUAUAUUGAUCUUUUGAUACAGCGUCUACACGAGCACUGCGAAGCUGGUAACAAACCUCUGGACAUGGUAGCUUGGUAUAACUUCACAACCUUCGAUAUCAUCGGGGAUCUGGCUUUCGGGGAACCGUUCAAUUGUCUGCAGAAUUCGGCGUAUCAUAAAUGGGUCUCCAUGAUCUUUAGUAAUAUCCGAUACGGCACGUAUGGAAACCUCGCGAGACGUUUUCCCGGAUCUAAAUUUCUACUUCGGCUCAUCACGCCUACGCGUAUCGCUAAUGGGAGGAAUUGGCAUAUUGAGCUCACAAAGGAGAAGGUCAAGGAUCGACUCGCUAAGUCGAACGACCGGAUGGAUUUCUACGGACAUAUUCUGAAACAGAAGGAUACAGAGCGGGCAAUGACUUUCGAUGAGAUGGUUACGAACGGGAGCACGUUGAUUGUUGCCGGUUCUGAAACUACGGCCACCUUGCUCUCGGCUGUUACUUUCUAUCUUCUGAAGAAUGAAAGGGUUCUCAGUAAGCUUCAGCAGGAGAUUAGGGCCUCGUUUGAGAGUGAAAAGGAUAUUACUGUUACGGGUUGUAAUCAACUUGAAUACCUCAAUGCCGUAUUGACGGAGGGCCUUCGCAUCUUCCCGCCUACUCCUACGGGACUACCUAGGAUAGUUGACGCAGAUGGUGAUAUGAUUGCUGGGAAAUGGGUCCCUGGUGGGACCAUAGUAUCAAUCCCCCACCUCGCAGCCUUCCACUCCGCCUCAAACUUCACCGAACCAGAAUCCUUCAUCCCAGAACGCUUCCUCGGAGAUCCCCGAUUCGCCAACGAUAGUAAAACCGUGCUUCAACCGUUCAGCUUCGGACCCCGGAACUGCAUUGGACGAAAUUUGGCUAACGCUGAGAUGCGUCUUAUCCUGGCUCGUGUGCUUUAUAAUUUUGAUUUGGAAUUGGAUGAGAGGAGUGAGAAUUGGAGUCGGCAGGAGACGUAUAUUCUUUGGAAUAAGCCGGGGUUGUAUGUUAGGUUGCGACCUAGGGUUGGGAUAUAG